AUGGCCCGGAUCAACCUGCCCCCACUGACUCGGGGCGUGCUCGCUGCCGUCAUAUUCUUUACGCUUAUAAACUUCGCACUGCGUCCGCACGCCGACUGGGUGGAAAAGGUCGAGAAGCCAAUCAUUGGCGUGGGCAAUGGCGUGCCGUGGCUCACCAUAGUCCCUGGCUAUUCGGUGCCUUGGUAUCCAUGGGUGUUUGCAUUGGCGACGGUCGUGGAGCAGAAUGUCCUGGGUCUCGUCACCACCGCACUCACCGUCUUCUACGGCGGACGCUAUUUGGAAAGAGCAUGGGCGUCACACGAGUUCACCAAGUUCAUGCUCUUCGUGGCCAUGAUACCCAACGUCCUUACAUACUUGCUCUACAUGGUUGGCUUCCUCCUCACGAGCAAAGGUUCCAUCUUACAUACCACAAUCUCCGGCGGCAUUGCCAUCCAAGCUGGCUUUCUCGUUUCCUUCAAGCAGCUCGUCCCCGAACACACCGUUGCCAUCGCCAAAGGCCUCAUCCGCAUGCGCGUCAAGCACUUCCCCGCCAUCUUUCUCCUCGCCAACACAAUCUCUGGCAUGAUACUGGGUACUGAGACGGCUAUGUUUCUGGCAUACUUCGGCUUCUUCACUGCUUGGAUCUACCUUCGCUUCUACCGCAUAAGCCCAUCACUAUCGUCCACGGCAACUGGCAACGGAUCCGUCAUCCGCGGCGACGCCUCAGACACCUUCUCCUUUGCUCACUUUUUCCCGGAACCCAUACAAACACCCGUUGGCGCACUUUCCGACGGCAUCUACAACGCACUGGUAUCGCUCAAAGUGUGCACGCCUUUCUCAGAUCGAGACAUCGAUGCGGGCAACGAACAGGCAAGCGCCCGUGCCGAAGGAGGUCUCCCAAGCAUCAUGAACCCCAACAGCAGGGGGGGUCGCGGUGGAUCAACCCGUGUAGAAGCAGAGAGGAGACGUGCUCUGGCUCUGGAAGCACUGAAUGCGCGAUUGAACGCAGCGGCAUCUCGAGGCCCAAGUGCUCCAUCAGCACCUUCUGUCUCUGGACCUACAGAAUCCUUAGGAGAGACGACAUACGAACCCGAACGACAUGAAAUACCAGAAAGGCCGACGGCGUCAUAG